UGCACCAAUUCUGAGCACCAAUUGAACGUCGCUGCGAGAUUAGCCAAUCUGUAGAUUUCUUGAACUUUCCUUCUUUUUGGACCGUUCACGACCUCUUUCUCCGAUGACACGUCACACAAGUCACACAAUAUGAAAAUGAAUGCCAGUGAUCUCAAAGAACAAGGGAAUCGAUUCUUUCAGACAAGAAAGUAUGACGAUGCAGUGUCUUGUUAUACCAAGGCAAUUCUCAGGAAUCCCUGCAUACCAACCUACUUCACAAACCGCGCUCUCUGCUUCCUGAAGCUGAAGAAAUGGGAGGCGGCAUGUCAGGACUGCAGGCGCGCCCUCGAGAUGGACAAGGUCCUUGUCAAGGGACACUUCUUCCUCGGCGAGGCCUUGUUAGAGUUGGGCUACUACGAUGAUGCUAUCAGCAGUCUACAAAUCGGUAAGCACGGACACAUGCGGGUCGGCCACUUUGACCCCGUGACGCGGGCCGACCUCACGCAGCAGCAGCUCAUUCCGAACCUCGCCAUGAAGGAAGUGCUCGAUAUCUUCAUCGCCGAGAACGGCUGGGUGGAGGACUACUGACCCCCCGACCCGGACCCCGCGACCUCUGACCUCCGACCCCUGCAUCGCCGGGGAAGCAGAGCGUGGUCGCGCCGAGAGGUCCCCAGCGUCUGCUUCGCCGGGGAAGCAGAGCGUGGUCGCGCCGAGAGGUCGCCAGUGUUCGCUUCGCCGGCACGAUUACGAGGGCAGCGCGUCGCCACGGUAACGUCGCAGGGUCGCCGCCAAUUCCCUCCCCCACGGUAUUGUUGACGUCGGCACGUAGGGUGUAUGGGCUGGAAAUUCGCAGACGUUGCAGGCAGUUUGCAAUCUGUAAAUACCCCUGGGGGCAUAGUGAAAUACGGGAAUUCUGGUGGGGCCGUGGUUAGAAAUGAAAUUAGCCUUGACGUUCGUCUUAACGUUAGCUUUUUCCCGUGGUCCGGACCUCUGUACCGCUGUGUACGAGAAACUCGAGACUCGUUACUACGUUUCUGUCAACAAGUCUGUGAGAAAAAAGAUAAUGUUAAGACUAAUGCUAAAACUAGUUCUGUAUCUGACAACGGAGCCUCAGAUUAUUAGUUUUGCGAUAGCAGCAUUCGUGAUUACGCGUCGGGACGGCUUAAUUGGACUUUGGUGGUGCAAGUAAGUUUUCGUGCACACAGAGGCUUCUACAGAGGCUGAUCUAUGUACGGGGGUGAACCACGUUUGUUUUCUUCCAAAUGUCUUACGUUCUGAAAACGAACAGGGUUUGACACCUGCCGCAUUCCAUGAAUGUGUCUCAAUAGUGACUGUAGCAAAAUACGAGUUGAAACGUUUGUUUUAGCCGGUCGAUUAUCGGACAUUAAAAACAGGUUGCCGUAGCCUGUCUUUCGAUUAGAUGGGAGCUCCAUAUCAUAUUAUUGUGCACAAAAUUGAAAUUAAUCUAGAAAUGAAUUUGGAAGUAUUUUAACCGGCAAUCGAUAACAAUACAUCAAAAACGGUUAGCUAUAGUCACGAGUCACGCAAAUACACGUAAUAUAAAAAUUUUGAGCUUUUUGUAAAGUACAUUCAUACAUAGUUUAUUAUUGUGUACAUAUACAAUAUAUAUAUAAUUAGCUAAAGUACUAGAUUUAGCAAAUUUCUUUAAAUUAUUCUAAAAACGAAUUUUCUCUAAAUAAUUUACUGCUCUAGUUGGUAAUGUAUCUAUGUAAUAUUUAUUAGAAAUUGAUUUUUGUGUCAGUUUAUAAGUAAAGGUUCAUAUAAGAUUUAGUGACCUGCACAUACAUGAACUCAUGUUUAUGGAAUGAAAUAUAAGCAUGACAUAACUCUACAGUCCUGUACAACUCAAA